AUGGUUGAAGGUGUCUACGUGCGCGAGGACCCGCUGAGUCCGCAGGAAUACUAUGCCAGUCUGAACGGCGCCCAGGGCUCGCUGGAGUCCAGGUUCAAGGAUAUUGACGACAAGAACAAUUUCGCGGACUAUAUGCGGCAGCUGCAGAAUUCGCGGACGCGUAGCUUUGUGCUGGACUUUGGGAACGACGAUGCGUUUUGUGCGACGGAUUUGAAUACGGACGAUUUCCAGGGUUUGCUUCGUCGGUCGAGGGCAAAGUGCUUUGGGACGAGGUGGAUUCAUAUUUGGAAUCCGGAGCAGCAGAAAGAUACGGUCAAAAUGAUCACGUCACACUACGGCGUCUCAGAACGAUUGCAAGGCAUGAUGUACACCGAGCCAUUCCAUGCUGCACCACAGCCGGCGAAAGUCCCCCCCAAGAAGGCAAAGAGGGAGUCUACUCAGACACUUGAAUACGAACUUGACGACAUCGAGAGUGAAUCUGCCAUGACGAAGAGAUACCAAACUGCCUCGUCCAGAGGUCUCACGUUUGGGCAAGUCACCGAUCAAAUUUGGCAUUUCUCUUCUGUGGACCACGGUCCUCGAUAUACGUGUGUCGGCUACAACACAUUAUUCGUAGCGCCCGACGUGCCCGUGGUAAAUGGCAAGGACCUUCCCGAGGGCACGCGACUCUGGUCAUGGCUGAUCCUGUGCGAUGAUGGAACUCUAAUCUCGAUCCAGGAAAAUCCACUCCCGCAGAUGCAAAGUUUGGCCGAGAAAGAGCAGGCCGCGGUCUUGGACGUCGUGCGCCGGAACAUAAGAUUUAUCUUCUCUGGUAUUUCGAAGCAACACGCCAAUAUGUCGGAGAGUGAUUCGCUGGUAACGAUCAGAGUCCGACAUUUCAAUGAUGUCGGACUGGAUCAGGCAAAUAUCAAGCAAGAAGAUGGGCCGAGUUUGCUGUUUUAUUAUUUGUUUGACGACUGGGUGUCAAGUUUUGGGCUGAUCGCGAAGCGACAGCAUCAGUACGGAGUUUCUCUGGAAGAAUUGAGAGGACAAAUGCUCGACCGCCCUGUAGUCGACCUCGUGAACGAACUCCACUGGUUGGGCAGACGACUCGGCGUGCUCAGACGGCUGUACCAAAGUUACGAGCUCAUCAUGCGGCGUCUGCUGCAGCGACAGCGACUGUUGCGCGAGGACGCCCGCUCCUCCAACCCACCGCCCGUAGCCUUCGAUGCAACCGUUGGAGAUUCUGAGUUCGCCGAUCUGCGGCAAGGGAUUUCCGUGAAUAAUGGCAGUCAUUCUGGGUCGAACGAUAGCCCGGUAGGGGUGCUUCUAAGUUCGGCGGCUGUGGCCCGAUUCGAGCGGCUGGUCGACCGCAUCAAUCUUUAUUGUCUGAGCGAGAUUGACACCUGUCUCCUGGAGAAAGAGUCGUUGACGUUCCUGAACUUCAACUUGAUCGCACUCAAGGACUCCCAAGCCGUGGAGAAAUUGACCCGCAUCACCAUCCUGCUCGCCAAAGCCACCAUGCUGUUCCUGCCUGUCAGCUUGAUGACAGCGUAUUUCUCGACCGAGCUCCAGGGUGUCAAGGGCGGAUACUCCAAGGCGGAUUACUGGGUGUCAUUUGCGGUGAUCUUCGUUGUCACGGUGCUGAUUCUGAGCAUCUUCGGACUCGCCAGCGACACUGUGGAAGGUAAAACGAUCUACCGGUCGCUGCUAAAGACGUUCUUCCGAAACUCACGACAGCGGAUCACCGGGCGCGGGGAGCGGCCAGACUGA